AUUUGUGGCGCGGUAAUGGGUGUGUUUCUCUUAAAAGGCAGCGAGCUAUUGGUUACACCGGAAUGGUAUGCUUCCGUUCAACAGAUAGGAGGGAUAUAUAUUAAGAAGGGACGGUACGUUGCUGUGUUUACUUCCCCCUUGUGGAAUCUUGCAGGGGGGGGGGGGGGGAAGUGCGGGGGGCCUGUUUUCUUUUUGGGGUUUCAAUUAGUGCCAGUGGACGGGGGUUGCCCUUUGCCGCUCGGGGAGACAGUGAGAGGAAGAGGCUCGUUUUUGGGAGGAAGCGUUACAGAAAAAAAAGUUUCCAGGAAGCAUAUGAUUCUGAAAAUAGUUGGUGACCAGCUUAGCAUCAAACUGGUCCAUGUGAAUCCUUGUUUUUAUUGGCCUGUUGAAGAUGACCAACUAUUUCCAUUGGACAGAGAUAAGUGGCAUCAAUUGUGUUCAGGUGAGAGUUUUUCUCUGUUGGUAGACAAAUACACCUUCAAGGUUCUGUGUAUUCCACUGGAAAAGGAAAAUCUGCUAAGGGAAAAUGAUAAUUUCGGUGUAGAAGACCUUCCAGAUCAUCCCACAACUCUGCAGUCUACUAUAAGAUCUCACAGUCAGGUUUCAGAAAAAUCAACAAUCCAUUCUAGCAAAAAACAACUUCCGGAAGUACAUUCAGUUAUGGAAAAAACAAACGAAAUUCCAGAGAAGUUUACUGUUCCUAAAAAAGAAGAGUUGAGGCCUGCUCAGCGAAAAAGACAGCUUCCAGAAUGGAUGGUGCCAGCAGAUCUAAUGGUUUCAACUCAGUCAACUUCAGCCUCUAAAAAUGGUAGCAAUGAAGAAGUAAAUCCAGGUAUAAGUAAAAAGCAGAAAAUUCUUGAAAGUGAAGAUCCUGUCCUUCAAAAAGAGGGGUUAUUUACUAAAGAUGUUGCGAAGAAGAUGCCAAAGAAUGGAAAUAAAAAAAUAUCUCAGAAAGCUGAAAGUUCGUUUGAGCAAUUUAACAAUCAGCUGGAUGAUGAAGAGCUAGACCUGGACCUCAAGUCAGAUGGACAAGCAUCUCAGCCUGCUCAAGUACAUUCAACAAAUACAAAAGAAAACAAAUUGGAGAAUAUUAACUCUAAACCCAGGCAGAUUUAUAAGGAGAAGCCAUCACAAUCAUUACUCGAUCAGGGUGAUAUUCAAGAGACUACUCUGAACCAGGCUGUUGGAAUAGAUACGUCAAAUAUAAUGGAAAGUCAAGAGAUGCAACAGAGUUCUCACAUAAACAAACCCCAGAGGACUGCUUGCCAGUAUGGGAAAAGCUGCUACAGGAAGAAUCCUAUACAUUUCCAGCAGUUUAGUCACCCUGGUGAUAGUGAUUAUCAAGACUUAGAUGCUUUAACUCAGGUUGAUGAUGAUAGGCCUGAAUGUCCUUAUGGAACAGCUUGUUACAGAAAAAAUCCACAGCACAAGUUGGAAUAUAAACACACAGCUCCUCCAGAAUCUGAAAGAAGGCAGACAAGAUCAAAAAUUACAAGAAAAGUAAGAAGUAUUCUUGCGGAUGAGAGUGAUGAUGAUGGUGAACCAAACGAAUACAACUUGAACGACAGUUUUAUAGAUGAUGACGAGGAGGAAGAUUGUGAUCCUACUGAUGAAGAUUCUGAUUGGGAACCAGAUUGUCAAGAUGAUGAUGAAGAUACGGACAUGCUUCUCAAAGAAGCACAUGAUUUUGUUAAAACCAAGAACUAACUGCAUUCAAAUAUUUUGAUAGAGUUUAUAAUGCAUCAUGAAACAUGUAUCCCAUUAGGUAAUGUCACUUUUUAAAUAGUGACGUACUUUAAUUUUACUUCAUAAAAUUGGAUUAUAUAUGUACAUUUUCAAAUUUUAAUGACUCCACAGCUUGUGAAAAAAUCUUACAUGUUAGGGAGUACACAAGAUUUCUGGAUUAAUAUUUUUGUAGUGAUAGGUAUGGCUUUGUGAUUUAAAAUUAUGAGUGCUUUCCUGAACUUUGUAUUAACACAUUUCAUUGCACAUAUGGAUAAAUAAUAACUCCAUAUUGGUAAUGCACUGAUUUGGAUUUAAUUUCUUUAUUCUGUCAGACUGAUAAUAAAACUGUAAAUAGUAACUGCAUUUUCUUGUAAUAUGCUGUUUAACAUUACAAGUGGUAUUAUUUCUAUUUGAGAAGAAAGUAUAUAAAUUUAUUCUGAAAGACAAUUCAAUCUCUCUUCAUUAUUUUAAUUUUUCUGAAGCAAUGUUUGAACUAUUACAUUCUGUUGGCUGAAGCUGAAACAAAUCCUAAUUUGAUCAACUCAACACUGCAACAUAAAAUGUCUGAAUUGCACUUUGAAUCUGUUGUAUGCAGAUAAUAAGUAUGAAGAUCUGAUUUUUCA